UAUCAAUUUUAUUUGAUCAUCUUUCUUCAAUUUUCUCAUUUUCUUUCUUUCUAUCUUACUUUUUUCUCAAAAUAAAUUAGACAUUAUUAGAUAAUUAGGUAGUAACAAAAAUGGAUUUUGUAAAUUCAUUCAUGAAUUUUGUGGUACCACCGGCAAGUUUGGUAAUGUUAGCAUUAGCAUGGCCAACUUUGAGUUUUAUUAAUGCAUGUGAAUGGGCUUAUGGCUUGUUCUACUAUGAAAGUAUGGAAAAUAAAGUUGUUAUCAUUACUGGUGCUUCUUCUGGACUUGGCGAGCAAAUUGCCUAUGAAUAUGCAAAGAGAGGAGCAAUCCUUGUACUUGUUGCGCGAAGAGACACAAGGCUCCGUGGGAUAAGUGAGAAUGCAAGACAGAUUGGUGCAAAGCAUGUCAUGAUUGUGGCCGCCGACGUCGUUAAAGAAGAUGAAUGUCGAAGAUUCAUCACUGAAACAAUGAGUUUCUAUGGUCGUGUUGACCAUUUGGUGAAUGCUACAAGUUUGGGUCAUACAUUCUACUUCGAGGAAGUUAAUGACACGUCUACUUUUCCUCAUUUGAUGGAUAUAAACUUUUGGGGAAAUGUUUAUCCAACCUAUGUCGCCCUUCCUUACUUGCGACAAACAAAAGGUCGAAUCAUUGUGAAUGCUUCGGUUGAGAAUUGGUUUCCUUUGCCAAGGAUGAGCUUGUAUUCGGCAGCAAAGUCGGCAUUGGUGAACUUUUAUGAAACAUUGAGACUUGAAGUGAAAGAAGAUGUAGGAAUAACAAUCGCAACCCAUGGAUGGAUUGGGACGGAUAUUACAAGAGGCAAGAACAUGGUUGAUAAUGGCGCGGAGAUGCAAUGGAGAGAAGAGCGAGAGGUGCAAGCUAGUGGUGGGGCAGUAGAUGAAUUUGCAAAGCUAAUAGUAGCAGGGGCAUGCCGAGGAGAUCCCUAUGUGAAGCACCCGAGUUGGUAUGAUGCAUUCCUUCUAUACAAGGCAUUCGCACCCAAGAUUCUCGGGUGGACGUUUCGUUUACUAUUGGGGGCCGAAAAUGGGAGGCAAACGUCUCUUAUUGGUGUAGGUAAGCCGUUAUAUUUGCAGUCUGCUUCUCCUAAAAAGCCAUCCAGUCCAAUGAUAGGUUCAAGGGCCACAUAUGUGCAACAAAUGAAGGUAGAAUAAGAGAAGUCUUGAAUGUAUUAAUACAUGUUAUGCAAUUUUUUUUUUUUUUUUUUUUUUUUUUUUUUUUUUUUUUUUUUUUUUUUCUGAAGCUUCUCGAGAGUUGGCAAAUGUAUCAAUACAAAAACGGUACAAAAUUGGUUUUUUCUUUUUAUACAUACAUUGGCAUCAUUUUAUUGGCAUUUUUUGAAUCAAAGGUUUCAUCUAAUUCUGUAAAUAUAUAACUGUAUGUUAAGUGCAAGUGUAUGAUAAUUUAAAGAGUUCUCACUUUUAACAUAAUAUGACUAGAAUCAGUUAGCCCUCUGAACAACUUUGAUCUGACGAGGUUUCGAUGUUCGAUAAGCGAGUUGGGGUCUAGGGAUUAAAAGGUGUGGGCUCGUGGGCACAACAUGGCAAUAAAUGAGGGUUUGGGGGCGUUUGUUUUUGAAACUUACAUAUAAUAUUUGUUACGUGGGUGUGAACACAAAUUUUAAAUCUGCAAAAUAUAGUUUCAAAAUAAAUGAAAUAAAGUGUUAAUUUUAUUAAUUUGAUAAUUUAUGGAUACAAUCUCUAAUUUGCUCCUCUUAUUCAAUCUUCACUUUGACGUAAUUCACGGAUUGACUUGAUUCUCGAAUGAGGGCCGUCGAAGCUUGAUCUCGAUAGAAGAUUUAAUGCAGAACUUUGACUUAUGUUGAUGUAGACCUUUGACCUGAAUUCUUGAUUGAGGGCCGAUGAGGCUUGAUCUCGAUCAAUGACUAUUUGAUGUAGGUUGAACUGAUGUUCUUGAUGAUUUGAAGUUCUUCUUUCCUUCGCGUUGAGGGCCGUCGAGGCUUGAUCUCUUUCACGGUGAUCUUCUAGAGUAGAACGGCAUGUCAAAUGCUUGUAGUUCUUCUUACUAGGGUUUUGAUGAGAGGUUUUCUCUGGAAAGGUUUAAAAUAUUUAAGAGGUUUUAUCUGUAUUUUGU